AUGAAUGUUUAUCAACUUUUUAAAGAUAUCCGAGAUGAAACUGCAGCUAUAAAAUAUCUUCAAAAACGUGGUUUAAUUCCUGAAACAAAGAAAUGCGAAAAUAGCCAUGAAAUGAAACUUUCUUUCGGCGCAGGAACCAGAUUGCCACUGAAAACGGCAAUUUUCUUCAUUUAUCAUUGGGCAAAUGAGGAAACGUCUGGGGAAAGAAUGAAAAAAGAAUUGGAGCUCGGUUCCUGCACGACUGUGGACUGGAACAGUCUUCUAAGGGAAGUGUGCCUUUUUAUGGAGAAAAAGGACAAAAGUAAAAUAGGAGGAAAGGGAUUUACAGUGGAAGUGGAUGAAACCCUGUUCGCCAGGAGGAAACAUCAUGCCGGAAGAAUGCUGGGGCAGCAGUGGUGCUUCGGAGGGAUUUGCAGGGAAACUAAGAAGUGUUUCGUAGAACCUGUGGCAGAUAGAUCUUUAGAAACGCUGAUGGAGGUGCUGAAGCGAAGGGUUUACCCAGAAACCCUCAUAAUUUUUGAUAUGUGGAGGGGAUACUUCCAAGUAGGUGCUUCUGGGUAUGAGCAUUUGAAAGUGAACCACAAGUACAAUUUUGUGGAUCCACUGACGAAUGCUCAUACCCAGAACAUUGAAAGAGUCUGGAGGUCCGUGAAGGAGAGGUCCAAGAAGCAUAAUGGGACCUAUAGGAGCAUGUUGGAAGGAUACAUGCACGAGUUUACAUGGAGGAAGAAAAAUAAGGAUAAUGAAUUUGAGUCCAUUUUAAGGGACAUUGUUAUUUUCAAUGAUUUUCUAAAUGAAGAAUAA